CACUCAUGUUUGGUAGCCUCAGGCUUUCAGUGUGGUAAAGUGAUAAUUCUAUCAAACUACAGGUCGAAGUUUAUUAUCUACAGCUCAAUACCAGCCCCCGGAUCAGCAAGGCAUCGGGGGCCCUUCCAGAUACAAAGAGAAAAAAGGGAAAAUCUUUGCCAUUGCUGGGACCUUGGGUCAGUUUCUUUUUGUUGUGAAUGAAGGCGCUGGGUGGCUAGCACAGACUAGUCAUUCAGAUAUAUUCUGGAUUCAUGAGUAUAACCUUCAACUUACCUGCAUGCACGAGAUCCAGGAGAUCCAAUUUCUCAAAGCUGAACUUUUGGCUAAACCAGAACUGGAUGCUUUGUCCUAGUAAAACAGUGCUGGGCUGAUUUGGAUUAUUGUCAGACUGUGGUGUGACAGUGUUCCCAUAAUGGGAAAGACCGGCCAGAGCACGGUUGAGCUCAACUCUCCUUCGGAUGUGAAGCAGGUAGUCCCAUUUGAAGACCUGGAUCUAAACAAUGUUUCUGUGGAGACGGAGAAGGAUGACAAACUGCCAGACAGAGGAUCCUGGAAGGGCAAAUUUGACUUUCUGUUGUCCUGCAUUGGGUAUGCUAUUGGAUUAGGAAACGUUUGGAGGUUUCCAUACCUAUGUGGAAAGAAUGGUGGAGGAGCAUUUCUGAUUCCAUACUUCACCACUCUGGUGUUUGCUGGCAUUCCAUUGUUUCUGCUGGAGACAGCAUUAGGACAGUACACUUCAGUAGGGGGGCUAGGGGUAUGGAAGUUAAUACCUAUGAUGAAAGGUGUCGGUCUGGCUUCUGUGGUUUUGUCUUUCUGGCUGAACAUCUACUACAUCAUCAUUAUCGCCUGGGCUUUAUAUUACCUCUUCAGCUCUUUCAAAGCUGAGUUGCCAUGGCAAACUUGUAAUAACCCUUGGAACACCGAGCGCUGCUUUUCCAACUACAGUCUUAUGGACACCACCAACCUGACCAGUGCAGUAAAUGAGUUUUGGGAGAGAAACAUGCAUCAGAUAACAAAUGGUUUGGAGGAACCGGGGGAAUUGCGCUGGCCAUUGGUCGGAACGCUGGCAUUGUCCUGGAUUCUUGUAUAUUUCUCAAUCUGGAAAGGGGUAGAGUGGACCGGGAAGGUGGUGUAUUUCUCUGCCACUUAUCCUUAUUUCAUGCUCUUCAUUCUGUUCUUCCGCGGGGUCACUCUUCCUGGGGCUAAAGAUGGCGUCCUGUUCUACAUCACCCCUGACUUUAACAAGCUUUUAAAAUCAGAGGUGUGGUUGGAUGCCGCCACGCAGAUUUUCUUUUCAUAUGGUCUAGGUUUAGGGUCUCUUAUUGCUCUGGGCAGCUACAACCCCUACAACAAUAACGUUUAUAAAGAUUCUGUCAUUGUGUGCUGUAUAAAUUCCUGCACCAGCAUGUUUGCUGGGAUCGUCAUAUUUUCCAUUGUGGGCUUCAUGUCGUACAUCACAAAGAGACCCAUUGAAGAACUGGCUGCCUCAGGUCAUUACAUCAUUAUUGUCAGUUGUUGUAAAACCGUGAAUGUAAAGUUAAGUUUACAGAUGCCUGAGGAUGUUUAUGGUUUAAAUGUAGGUCCAGGUUUGGCAUUUUUAGCCUAUCCGCAGGCUGUUACCCAACUGCCCAUGUCUUCACUCUGGGCUAUACUCUUUUUUUCAAUGCUCAUGAUGCUAGGGCUGGACAGUCAGUUUUGUACAGUUGAGGGCUUCAUAACCGCUCUGAUGGAUGAAUAUCCCACAGUCCUGAGGAAGAGAAAGAAACUCUUUAUUCUUAUUGUUUGUUUAAUAUCCUUCAUUAUCGGCUUCUCCAACAUUACACAGGGCGGCUUGUACGUGUUCAAAUUGUUUGACUACUACUCAGCAAGUGGAAUGUGUCUCCUGUUCCUUGUCUUCUUUGAGACAAUUUCAAUUUCCUGGUUUUAUGGGGCAGAUAAAUUCUAUGGAAAUAUAGAAGACAUGAUUGGUUAUCGGCCUUGUGGCUUUUGGAAACUCUGUUGGGUUUACUUUACUCCAAUAAUCUGCUUGGGUGUAUUCAUGUUCAGCGCCAUUGAAAUGACUCCUUUGACGCUGGGAAAGUAUGUGUACCCUGCUUGGGGUCAGGGCAUUGGGUGGCUCAUGUCUCUGUCCUCUAUGAUUCUUGUCCCUGGAUAUGUCAUCUAUAUGUUCUUCACCACCAAAGGCAGCAUCAAGCAGCGUUGGCACAAAAUGACCAGACCUACUGAGCUCAAAACCGCAGACGUCAAUGAUCUCACGCAACAACCCCUACAGACAGGAAGUAUGGGUGAAGCGUCUGUCUGAUAUAAUUUCCUGUUUCCCAUACAAUGGGCAGUAAAGACAGUGACCUGUGGCGAAAUUAGUAUUCCGUUCCAUCUAACUGUUCUUGUUGGAAACCACUUCCUGUCACUGUGAUCCUGCGUUUAGUCUCAUCCCUCUUUAAAGAUGGCUUGGGCCUCACGUAAUAUGUGAGGGAUUCCUGGAGACCGGGAGUUCAUUUACUGUCAGCCAGUUGAUAGGCUAUCAUACCCAAUAGUAACUGUUGCAUUCGCUUGUAUUUUUUUUACCUCUCAUGGGGCAUUUGUAUAUUAGUCUAUGUUUCAGCAUAUUGUAGAUGUCCCUCCGAAACCUCAGAUGUCCAAAUUUGCUGUUUUUCAGGAAAUGGAAAACACUUUUGAAAUUAUUAAAUACUGUAUUGUCAAAGUUGACAUGCACUUUUUAUUACAUUUUUUAAUGGUUAUUGGUUUGUUAGAUAUUUGCAAAAUCCAGUGACAAACAUAAAGGGUGACUCAUAAUAAUGAUUUACAGCAAAAAUAAACCCCUCAAAAUAUGGAGAUACAAGGUUUCAGAAUGACAGCAGCGAAAUAGUACAAUGGUAAAGCCAUGUCAUGUCACAAAAUAGAACUUAACAACAGGACAUGCAUUACUGUUACUGAAGGAAUGCAAUAGUUUGGGACUGUAUGUAAUGUUUUUUUAAACAAAUCCAGAUGAGAAAAUAAAAACCAAUUGUAGUAUACACGGUGCGUACUGCUUAACUAAAGGAUCUUUUAUUUAAUCUUGGUAUGUGCAUUAUUGUACAUGUAUAAGGGAAAUUGUAUAUUUUAGGUCCUGUGGUCAGUCUUCACGAUUGUAACCACAUGUUACAUUCACGUUACAAUGUAAUUAUAGUAGUUUCAAAUGAAUGUACUUAAUAUGUAAAUAUUCUGAAGAUCGUAUUGUAAAUAGACCAUGUUAGCAUUAAUUUUUCAUGUCAUAUGUGUAACAUACAUUGUAAUAUACACUAUUCAAAGUAGAUCCCAUAUUUAGAAAAGGCUCUCUGGAUACAAACAGUCACACACAUUUCCACUAAAAAAACAAAAAUGGCUUUGGAAGUUCGAUGUGACAUGUAGUACCUUAUAAAACAUGAUUUCCUAAUCAAUGUGACCAACAUGUUUCUUUUUACAAGUAAUUGGUCUUUCAACACUGAAAGAGAAAAUGCUGUGCAACACAUGAUAUACAACAUAUAUGAUAUUCAUUAUGUGUAUAUGUGGGCCCUGACCUUUCUUUCUGGGCGGGGCUUUUAGGACUCAAGAGAGAAAUCUAGCAUGUUGAUUACAAAAUUUUAAAUAUGGUGUCUGCUUUGUCCAUAUCUAUAAAAACUGUUACCAAAACUACAAAAAGGGUGUUUAUUUUGAUUAUUUCAUUUUAUUCCUAGUAGAUACUGUACAUGUUGGUUGGUUGUUCAUUGGAAGAAUGAUGCCAUGUAUUCCCUAGGAACCAAUGAAUAUGUAUUACUAGCACCAUGCUUUUUUUUCAAGCCCAGGGGAACGUUUAAUGGUAAACAGACAUCUCUCUCCAGGUAUAUGGAGCGCCUUGGUUAGGUACUUCAACUUUAAUCAGCAUAUGAGGGCACUAAGGGGAAUCUUACUUGCAAGGGCCCCCUGGUGGUCCAGGGCCCUGACUCGAACAAUGUACAUUCACAGCACAGCACACUAGAUAGAUUGUAUCAUGUUACUUAAUGUUAGAAGAGAAUGUGAUAUGAAAAUGUCAACAAUUAUACAUCAAGAAUGUCAUUAGAGGAACCAUGACCUUACCUCACUCUCGCCAUUGACAGCAGAUGUGUGAAAUCUUGGUUGUCCAUUACUUCAGAGUAAAUUUGCAAAAGGCUACACUUUACCACAUGGUCCUGGUGAUGCAAACGCCUCAUGUACGUUUGGGAUAGAAAGAUAAUGUUUAACUAAUUUUCCAUGGUGUUAAUUUACCAAAGAGACAAAUGGACAAAACAUUUAUGAGUCAUCUUCUUCAGAAUGUGUCUUUAAAACAUUUACUACCAUCAAGUCUUCUUAAAAAGUUUCUACUUUGAGGUUUUGCAAAUCACAGUUAUGUUGUGAAUUUUGGUGGGAAUUAAAUUAAUCUGAACAAUUAUUUUUUUGGUGUUUUUGGAACAAAGAGCAAACGAAGCAAAUCAGGCACACAAUUGCUGAAUGUUAAAUGCUGUAUAAAUGCUGUGUCAUGGUUCUGCCUCACCUAGUCUUGGAUUUCCUGGUCCUGAGGCAGAGCCAUGACAAAGUCUUUGGUUAUGUGUGGAGAGAAACAUAUUAUUGUCCUUUUGACAAUAAUAUGCGUUCUCUCCAGUGUCUCGUCAUUAGCCCCGCCCCUCUCCUUUCACGCAUUGCUUCCUGUCCGUGUUUCAUUACCCUCACCUGCCCUGUGUCAUUAUCCCUCGUUUGUAUUCCCCUAUAUAAUGCCCUCAUGUUUCAUUGUCUUGUGCUCGAGGAUUGUGUUCUGUACAUGGUGUAUCCAGUUUGUCUUGUCUCUCGUCCAAAGAAUCCUUUGUCACCUGUUCCUGUUCCUGUUCCUGUCGUGUUUCAUCGUCCCAGUAAGUGUUUAGUUUAGUUUAGUUUAGUUCGUCAAGUGUUUUAUUCAGUAUAGUGUUUAGUUAGUCCUCGUCCGGUGUUUGUUUAUCGUUUUUUCUUGUUCUUGUAUUUUUCUCCACCGUGGGUUUUUGUUUUGUGUUUAUAUUUGUUAAUAAAAGUCUUCUGUUACCCCCGCAUUCACGUCUGCCUGCAUUUGGGUUCUCCCGCCACUACAAUCGUGACAGAAUCCUCGAGCCAGAAACGAACCCAGCAGGCUACCAUGGACGCUGGGUGGUCCCGCCAAGCCCGCCUCCUCUGCGGCGUUCGCCAGGAGAACAUGGACCUUGAGAACUACUUGGACAGAUUCCUAGGCGCCGCAGAGGAGGGUGUCUUCGGGGAGGCGGAACUGGCGGUGCUCUUUAACGCCGGUCUCAGGAGCCCCCUUUCGCGAGUGGAGAUGAGGGCUCUGAGACCGCUGGACUUUAACGCUGUGUGGCAGUACGCCACGUACCGUUCGGGGUCCAGGGUCUCAGCCCAAUCCAGCUACUCGUCUCCGCUGGCCGCGAUCCCGGAGGGUCGGGCCCUGCAGAUCGGGGUUCUGGGCACCGCCACACCUUCCGCCUCAGCACCUGCAGUCUCGUCUCCAGCAGUCAGCCUGGCAAGCGGGGGAGACGAGAGUCUUGGGGGACCUCCUCUGAGGAGUCCCAGCCAGAACCAGCCGUGCCGUUUGCCUCUUUUCUUCAGCCGACCUCCAGGCGGGUGGCUCGGCUGAAGAAAAAGAGGGAGCGGUGGGCAGCGCAGACUCCGUCCCAGCCGGUGCAGCCAGCGUCCAGUCCCAUACAGCCGGCGUCCCGUCCGGUGCAGCCGGCGUCCCAGCCGGUGAUCCAGCCGGUGUCCCAGUCCGGUACGGCCGGCGUCCCAGCCGGUGAUCCAGCCGGUGUCCCAGUCCGGUACGGCCGGCGUCCAGUCCGGCGUCCAGUCCGGUGCAGCCGGCGCCCAGUCCGGUGCAGCCGGCAUCCAGUCCAGUGUCCAGUCCUGUGUCCAGUGUCGUGUCCAGUCCGGUGCGGCCGGGGUCUAGUCCAGAGUCCAGUCCGGUGCAGCUGGCGUCCAGUCCGGUGAUCCAGCCGGCGUCCCAGCCGGUGCAGCCGGGAGCCAGCCCGGUGCAGCUGGUGUCAAGCCCUGUCCAGCCGGCCUUCCAGCCGGCGUCAAGCCCUGUCAAGCCGGCCAUCC